UGCUUCUCUGUUCUCUCUCUCCAUUUCUUUUUUUAUUUCGUUGACGUUGGUUCGCUCUCUCUGCAUCGAUCGGCCGCCUUUCCUCUUCGAUCGACCCGUUUCCGAUCCUCCGGAUCUGACAUUCUCGUCGUUCGUUCCGUUCCGAUCUCACCUCACGCUCGUCUCCAAUCGACGGCGGCGGCGAUCCGUAGUGCCGAUUUGGUCCCCGCAUUGCGCUCGGUGAUCCUCGGAGAUGGCGACGAUGGAGAGCCUGAUCGGCCUCGUGAACAAAAUCCAGAGGGCGUGCACCGUCUUGGGGGACCACGGCGGCGAGGGGAUGUCCCUCUGGGAGGCGCUCCCGUCCGUCGCGGUGGUCGGCGGCCAGAGUUCCGGAAAAUCUUCGGUGCUUGAGAGCGUGGUGGGGAGGGAUUUCCUGCCUCGUGGAUCUGGUAUAGUCACACGGAGGCCGUUGGUAUUGCAGCUUCACAAGACAGAUCGAGGGCAAUCAGAAUACGCGGAGUUUCUUCAUGCCCCUAAGAGGAAGCUUACUGAUUUUGCUGCUGUUCGGAAGGAAAUUCAAGAUGAAACAGAUCGUAUAACAGGGAAAUCAAAGCAAAUAUCAAAUAUUCCAAUUCAUCUGAGUAUCUAUUCUCCAAACGUUGUAAACUUGACACUUAUAGAUCUUCCUGGGUUGACAAAGGUUGCUGUAGAAGGACAGCCCGAAACUAUUGUCGAAGACAUUGAAAACAUGGUGCGUUCCUAUGUUGAAAAGCCCAACUGCAUCAUAUUGGCAAUAUCACCUGCUAACCAAGAUAUUGCUACUUCGGAUGCCAUCAAACUCGCAAGAGAAGUUGAUCCUUCAGGGGAUAGAACAUUUGGAGUACUGACGAAACUUGACCUGAUGGACAAAGGAACUAAUGCUCUUGAGGUUCUCGAAGGAAGGUCGUACAGAUUACAGCAUCCUUGGGUUGGAAUAGUAAACCGUUCACAAGCUGAAAUUAACAGGAACGUUGACAUGAUUGCUGCACGUAGAAAAGAGCGUGAAUAUUUUGAAACAAGCCCCGAGUAUGGACACUUGGCAAGCAAAAUGGGUUCAGAGUAUCUUGCCAAGCUCUUAUCUCAGCAUUUGGAGACUGUUAUCCGACAGCGGAUUCCAAGUAUUAUUGCCUUGAUAAACAAGACAAUAGAUGAACUUAAUGCAGAGUUGGACCGUAUUGGCAGACCCAUUGCAGUGGAUUCAGGGGCCCAGCUUUACACUAUUCUGGAACUUUGCCGUGCAUUUGAUCGUGUAUUUAAGGAGCACCUGGAUGGAGGGCGACCUGGUGGUGAUCGGAUAUAUGGGGUUUUCGACCAUCAAUUACCAGCUGCUUUAAAGAAGCUCCCUUUUGAUCGCCAUCUUUCUUUGAAGAAUGUGCAAAAAGUUGUAUCUGAGGCUGAUGGUUAUCAGCCCCACUUGAUUGCUCCAGAACAAGGGUACCGAAGACUCAUUGAUGGAUCCAUUAACUACUUCAAAGGCCCAGCUGAAGCCUCAGUAGAUGCUGUGCACUUGGUUUUGAAAGAACUUGUACGCAAAUCGAUUGCUGCGACAGAGGAGUUGAAGCGGUUUCCAUCACUUCAAGCAGACAUUGCUAAUGCUGCAAACGAAGCACUGGAAAGAUUCCGUGAAGAAAGCCGUAGAACAGUUAUCCGUCUUGUCGACAUGGAAUCUAGCUACCUAACAGUGGAAUUUUUCCGGAAGCUUCAUCUUGAACCGGAAAAGAGUCCAAAUUCCAACCCCAAUGUCCCUAAUGUGGAUCGCUACUCAGAUAAUCAUUUUAGGAGGAUAGGGUCCAAUGUAAGUGCUUAUAUUGGUAUGGUUUGUGAUACCUUAAAAAAUACAAUUCCCAAGGCUGUUGUCUAUUGUCAAGUACGAGAGGCUAAGAGAGCACUGCUGAACAACUUCUAUGCUCAAGUUGGGAGGAGGGAGAGGGAACAACUAGGCGCAAUGUUAGAUGAGGACCCAGCUCUCAUGGAGAAGAGAACAGCCAUCGCAAAAAGGCUAGAAUUGUACAAAUCAGCUAGGGAUGAGAUUGAUGCAGUGGCGUGGAAGUGAGGGAAGCAUCGCAUUGCGAUAUUGUCCAGCUUUUGAUAAUCAUUUUUCCCAUUCGAAUCAGCAGCUGAUGCGUGGAUCUGCAACAAUUCAUUGAUAUUCUUUAUCUAUUGAUAUCGAGAAAAGCGCGUUACAUGAGUUCUCUUAUUUCCUUUCUGAACGCGUCAUCGGUUUAGUUUUGCUUCCUAUUGUGUAAUAUAGUUCCUGCCGAUUUGUGAUAUACACACUGUCCAUCAAUUUCACGAUGAGUUUGCUUUUAAAGGGAAAAUGCAUUUUCUUGAGA